AGUUUCCCGACUAUCACCUGGUUAUCUGUAUGUGCAGCGGAGAUCACCAAACACAUGUAAUAAAUAUAGUAGUAUUGGGAAAUUAGUUGCCAUUUUUAUUACUACAAAAGAGUUUUUUUCUAUCGCACGCUUCACCCGGCCGCUAUUUUACUUUCCCGUGUUACCCGCUUUACCCGGCCGCCAUUUUCCACCCCUGCGGCCUGGUGGUGUCCCAGUCCUCCCUCCUGUUCCUCCUGCUUUCAGCUCCUCUCACAGUUAUUGUCAGAACCGAUGACCCGAUCGUGUCUUCUCCCUCGGCCUGCGUGUGUGAAUGUGGACUCCCUACGUGAUAAAACUGGAUUGUGGAAUGAUAAAGCGCUCACACCUCACACUAACGGCUCGGGAAAGUCACGCGCCGAUCUUUUAUCCUCCUCGGACGAUGAGACGAGGGAAGCGAUCAUUUCCUCCGUUACAGACAAGAACUUAAUCUCACGCGUUUUAGAGCAGAUGAGCACAGAGGAAGGAAGGAAAGAGAAGGAGCGAAUGUUAGAGCAAAAACUCAGCAGAAAUGCUGCUCUGUAAUGGUUACAGGCUUGUAAGCCAGGAGCUGGUUUGAAUUCUCAGCCCCACUGUGAGCUUCUUGUCGUCUCCGACUCUGCAAAUAGCAAAGGGCAUGGAUCAGGAGGCAGCAUCUCCACUUUUUCCUUCUCUAUUCCCUACGUCUGUAGGAGUGGACAGAGGAACUGUUUGUAUCCCUUCUCCAUAUGCAGAUAACAGCAACGCCGAGAUAUCUUUUUAUGGUCCGUCUGUGUCUGAGAACUCCUCCACGGCACCUCAACUCAGCCCGUCACUCUUCUGGCCCACGCACAACACUUGUACCAUGCCUGCUCUAUCCCUGCAGUGCCCACAUGCACUGCCAUUCACCGAGCCACAGAUACACACCGCCUGGGUCGACACCAAGCCACACACCACCGGUCGAAACAGCUCCUUCAUGUCUCAUUCAAAGUUGUUUAGGAGGAGACCGGAAGACGACGAGGAACCUCUAAACUCCUCUUCCUUGUCAUCGGGUGCCAUGGCCAAGAGCGACAUGCACUUCUGUGUUGUGUGUCAAGACUAUGCGUCAGGCUACCACUAUGGCGUCUGGUCCUGUGAGGGCUGCAAAGCUUUCUUUAAGAGGAGCAUUCAAGGACACAAUGACUACAUCUGUCCAGCCACCAACCAGUGCACGAUUGACAAGAAUCGUCGCAAGAGCUGCCAAGCCUGCCGUCUACGCAAGUGCUACGAAGUGGGAAUGAUGAAGUGCGGUGCACGACGUGAGCGUUGUGGUUAUCGAGGCUCCCGCCAUCGCCGGACCAUCCAGAUCAGAGAUGGCUCAGCCAGGAUUGUGGGGGUCAGAGGUCAUGCCCAGAGACAUCCUAACACCCCGCUUCAUCUCUCGCUUUCCCUCCCGGAUUCCAGAGUGCCAGCUGAGAGUGGAUUUUCCGGUUUGUCCCCUGAGCAGCUGGUGCACUGCAUCUUAGAGGCAGAGCCACCAGAGAUCUACCUGAGGCAGCAGAUGAACAAACCAUACACGCAGAGCACUGUGAUGAUGUCACUCACACAGCUCGCUGACAAGGAGCUCGUACUCAUGAUCAGCUGGGCCAAGAAAAUUCCAGGUUUCAUGGAGCUGAGCCUGGCCCAUCAGGUGCAUUUGUUAGAAUGUUGCUGGUUGGAGGUGCUCAUGCUAGGCCUGAUGUGGAGGUCAAUUGAUCAGCCGGGAAAACUCAUCUUCACCCCGGACCUCAAACUCAGCAGGGAUGAGGGAAGCUGUGUUGAGGGGAUCAUGGAGAUUUUUGACAUGCUUCUGGCCGGCUCCUCCAGGUUCAGAGAGCUGAAGCUGCAGAAGGAGGAGUAUGUCUGCCUCAAAGCGCUCAUCCUGCUCAACUCUAGUAUGUACAUGACAUCGUCAGAGUGUGAGAUGGAGCUGGAGAGCAGGACCAAGUUGCUGCGGCUGCUUGAUGCCGUGACGGACGCGCUGGUGUGGGCCAUCUCACGAACAGGUUUAUCCAUGCAACAGCAGUCCGCUCGUCUCGCUCACCUUCUCAUGUUGCUCUCACAUAUACGACAUCUCAGUAACAAAGGGAUGGAGCAUCUUUCCAGGAUGAAGCGGAAGAACGUCGUCCUGCUGUAUGACCUGCUGCUGGAGAUGCUCGACGCAAACACGGCUCACAAUAGGCGUGGUGCACACGCUAACACUACCCCCCGAGAAACUGCGCUGAACUUAAACGCUGACCCUGCGGUCAUGACGCCAGUGACCUCACCAAACACACCUACGCCCGCUCAGCUCCCCAGUCCCGUCCAUCAACAUGCACAGGUGAAGUUGCAGUGUGGCCAGGAGUGAGAGCUAGCCCAUUAUCUCACACACACACCUUCAUCUGUCCCAUGUCCCUCUGGCUACCAAAUUCUUUCCAAUUUCACAUUUAUCUAUUGAAGAAAAGCUUAACCCAGGUUAGAUUUGUUGACACAGAAUGCAUUGCAGGUCAUUUACCAAAGUUUAUUCACCCAGUUACUGUAUUUUCCAGACCAUUAGUUACAGAUAUUUGUUUUAUGAUUUCGUGCUGCUUUAGCUAGUUUGCUAAACACACUUACUGCCAUCAAUGUCCUGUAGAAAAACAACCCCCGACCAGGCAUAACAUUAUGAAAGGUGAAGUGAAUAACACUGAUUAUCUCUUCAUCAUGACACCUGUUAGUGGGUGGGAUAUAUUUAGGCAGCAAGUGAACAUUAUACAUAUACACACA